AUGGACCCCUUCGAAAGCCCCUUCAGCAACCUGGACGUCUGGUAUGAGUGGUCCGGUGACCCACAAGAGGAGGCGGAUUUCAGCCUGGCGAUGGAGGUCUGGUGCACCCCCAACAUGAAACUCUCUGUCUUCAACACUCGCGCGCUGUCCAUUACUCAUAUCAAGGAGUAUGUGGUCUGCCCCAAGUCCUCCCCUUUGGAUCCAAACGACCCCAAGUUUGUGGAGGCUCUUGGGUGCCCGUGUGAUUCGUCUGUUCAGGCCUUUGAGGAGAAGAUGAAGAUUGUGCCUGGUCGGCGUGUUGUCACGAAUGUUGAUCAGCCCAAGACUGGAGAUGCGCAGGAAGGGGAUCUGUCGAAGGACGCGCUGAGGGAUGCACCGGAUGUGGGUUUGGUGCAGAACGAGGACUUGCCAGAGAACGUCGACCUGUCGCAGAAGCAGAACCUUUCCAAGCACAAGUCACCAGAGUCAGACACAGCGUCUCUGCACUCGGAUUCCGGCAGCGUCAUUAUCCGAACUGAGCCUCAAAACAAUGAGCCUGUGGAUGACCCUGAUAACCAGGAGCCUGCCAGUCUCACCUUGGGGCUGUGGCUCCAGGAAGCCACCGAUACCGAAGACGAACCAAGCACCCCGACUCCAGCCAGCCCUCCGAACCCGCGCAAGCGAAGUGCCAAGGCAGCUUCCCUGCCUGAUUCUAUCCCCGAGUCUGAGAUUGACUAUAAUGGCACGAAGUACCAGAACACAACGGCCGGGACGACCUAUGAGCGGACUGCGUCUCCAUCGAAGAUUCCACGACCCAUCAGCCUUCAGGGUCAGCCCUAUUCAAAGCCGGAACACAUUCUGCUGCCCAGGGACUCUGCCCCUGUCACCGAGGCGGACUUCCGGCGGUUUGAGUUUGAGACCGAGAAUCGAAACAUGACGGGUGAAGAGAAAAGCUGUUGGGCCAUGUCCCCUACUCUCAAAACUCCCAAGGCCAGCGCGAUGCGAGUGGAUAGCAUGAAAGAACGCGAGCUAGAGAGGCUCUCCACCGUUGUGUCUCCCGGGAGUCCAUGCGAAUGCGAUGACCCGAUUCUCUCAUUUGACACCGAUCAGUCAGGCUCGACCACCGAAGCUGAAGAAUCUGGUGGAAUAUCUGUAACGUCUUCACCUAUUCCGGACAGACCAGCCAGCGAACCCAAGCUGGUUCUCCUUGACGAAACGUUCUACAUUCACAGCACCCCCGAUCUCAUUCCUGCAGCCUAUGAAAUAUUCACCACAUUCUCCGUACGUCUGCAGAAGGGAAGACCCAACGGCUGGUGGGAACUGGUUUUGCCCGCACUGCCGCGACUGCGUGCAAAUGACUAUGGCUACGUGUAUUUUCGGUUUCCCGCGGGCCAAGGCAUGGAAAUCCGCACCAGCACUUUCAAACGCUACAAGCUUGUUGAAAGCUGUUUGAUGGCCCAGUUCAUUGCCUCAUCGAACCUCAUUGUCCCGGUACGAACCUGCGAUGCGGCGUUUUACGGGUUCCUCAAAGACUUCAAAGUGACCCACACUAUCCGAGCCGAUGUGGUUGACGCUGGAGAUGGAUUGGAUUGCAUUGUCACGUAUCACGCUGCAUGCUCUAUUGAUUUGAUCAAGCGCGCGUUCUGGGCUGAGAAGUGCGGCUUUAGCAUCUACGUGAUUGGCGGACCGGAAGGCCAAUACAGCUGCCACCUCAAUGCGCCUCGCAAGAGGUUCCAGACUAUUUACCUGGGCUCUGAUCCGGAUUCUCAGAUGGGCAUUUCUCGACUCCAGGUCAUUUGCUCUCCUUCGAACCUGGAGAUGUUCGCAAUCACCUGGGAAGCGAGGCUGCCCCGAGAGAAAGCCAGCACGUGGAUGCCGCGCAUCAAGGCGACAUUUGAUGGAGACGGCAUCGAAACCGGACUCCAAGUCGAAUACUCCCAGGCGGAGAAUGAGCUCAGCCGGGAGAUUGUGGAGGUGGUGGCGACUCCGUUUACUGAAACCAAGGUGUCUCGCCGUGCACCGCAAAAGUGGGCUUUGUCUCUGAAGAAGGGAUUGAGCUUCUGUCUUACCCUGGUUGUCCUGGCGGCUGUUUCUUUUCUUUUGUAUCGAUCCCGACUCGGCUGCCGUUUGUGUGCUCACUGGGACUUGGCUGACUCGGCUUCUGGUCCUUUGGAGAAUGUGGUGUGCGUGGAGAAGCACGAGUUGGUGAUUGUUCGUGGGGAUGAGACAAUGGGGCCUGAAUUAGUUGCAGCUGGACCUUUUGAAGCUGAACUCGGUACGGAGCCAUCUAAGAUCGAGGCAAAGCCUGUGCCUGUCGAUCCACUGCCGCUGCGAGACCGCAUCGACUACUUCCUGGGAUGGCGGGGGCCCAUUGUUGCUUGA